UACAAAGCAUCCUGACCUUCCAAAGUCAUUCUAGCUUGCAAUUGAUACUCAUCUAUCAUCACUCUACUGGUCCCCGCUCCGUCUGUGUCCCUUGCAGUAGGUAUCUCGACCAUGUUGACCACGGCCGCCCCAACAGACGAUCAUUCCGCCAUCAGGAAGUUCGCCAUGCAACAGUCUGAACUUAUAAGUCGGGCAUUGUACCCAUAGGAGUGUGUCCUGUGUCAGUUUAACUCUGCUUCUCGUCAACCAUUCUUCACCAUGAGUGCUGCAAAGCUUCUUCUGGUCGCCGGCCUGCUUGCAAGUGGCGCCCAUGCAUCGCCCAUACAACAAAGGUCUCCUUAUGCUGUCAAGGACUCCCACUUUGUCCCCUCCAAGUGGCGACAAGCUGCUCCUGCCCCUGCAACUCAGACUAUUGAUCUCCGCAUUGCUGUCAAGCAGAACGCCUUCGACGACUUGGAGAGACACUUGUACGAGGUUUCUGAUCCCGACCACUCACGCUACGGCCAACACUUGAGUGAGCAUGAUGUCAAGAAGCUCGUACAGCCUUCGGACGACUCAUUGACCCUGGUUCACGAAUGGCUCGCCGACAAUGGCAUCGACACCACUCAUCUGUCAUACAGUGCCGCCAAGGAUUGGAUCAAGGUCUCUCUCCCUGUUCACCGUAUUGAGAGCCUCCUCGACACAAAGUACAGCGUCUAUCGCCACGAGGACGGUUCCGAGACUGUCCGCACCCACGAGUGGUCGCUGCCUGUACAUCUCCACGAGCACAUUGACACCAUUCAACCCACAAACUCCUUCUUCCGCAGCAAGCCCAAGGCUAUCUCGCUCGAGGUCAACAAGUUCGCUGGUACUUACUCCAACGAAGUCACGUACCACCAGGACCCCAACGUUACUGCUAUCUGCACUCCCCGUGGCGUCACUCCUCUCUGCAUGAGAACCCUCUACGAAACCAUCGACUACAUCCCUCAGUCUGCUGGCAAGAACAAGAUGGCCCUUGCCAAUUACCUCGGCGAGACCAACAACCGCUCAGACACGUACCUCUUCCUCGAGAAGUUCCGUCCAGAAGCAAAAGAAGCCGCCUAUACCUUCCAGUUCGACGUCAUCAACAAUGGUAGCACUUCGCAAGAAGUUGUUCAAACUAACAUUGACAUAGAAGGUGAUCUCGACGUUGAGACCAUGUUGGCUAUGGGCUGGCCUACUCCCCUGACUGCCUACGCAGUCGGAGGCUCGCCACCAUUUAUUCCUUCCAACGGAACCACCGAAAACACAAACGAGCCUUACCUAGACUGGCUGCAGCACGUUCUCUCCCAGUCCGACGAUGUCCUGCCUCAGGUCGUGUCCACCUCAUACGACGAUGAAGAGCAGACUGUGCCUGUUUCGUACGCCAAGCGUGUCUGUGAAGACCUCGCUCAACUCGGUGCUCGUGGUGUCUCUGUCUUCUAUAGCUCUGGUGAUAGCGGUGUUGGCGGCGAUGGUAGUUGUGUCACCAACAAUGGAAGUGGUGCUAAGCGCUUCAUUCCUGAGUUCCCAUCCACCUGCCCCUACGUCACUUCCGUCGGUGCAACCAUGGACUUCAAGCCUGAAGUCGUCGCCUACCACUCCUCCGGCUACGCGUCUGGUGGCGGUUUCUCUGAUAUUUUCCCUCGUCCUGCCUACCAAGAUAAGGCUGUCAAGGCAUACUUGAAGACUAUCGGAUCAAGAGACGCAGAGUACUUCAACGCAAGCGGAAGAGCAUACCCCGACCUCUCGGCCCAAGGAAGUUACUUCUCCACCGUCUGGAACGGCACUGACACUCUUGUCUCUGGUACUUCGGCCUCUUGUCCCUUGAUUGCCGCCAUCAUCGCUCUUGUCAACGACGCUCUGAUCGCUGGUGGCAAGCCUACUCUCGGCUUCUUGAACCCUUGGUUGUACAAGAAGGGUUACCGUGCUUUCACCGACAUCACCAGCGGAUCUGCUGUAGGAUGUUCAGAAAUUGGCGACGGUAAAGGGUUCCCGAGCGCCAUCGGCUGGGAUCCUGUCAGCGGUGUAGGAACCCCUCGCUUCAGAGACAUCAUACAUAAAUUGGGAGUUCAUGGAACUUGGAAUCACACAGGAGGAUUCAGUUAGGUUUCAGGCAUGACUCAUGCAAGGUUUCAUGUUGAUAUGAUUCCCGACGACCCUAUUGUUUGUUAAGUAGUACAAAAGUAACAACGAGCAUGAUGUGCUCUUUGUGAUGACUCCUUGAAUUGUUCGACUGCAUCUUUGUCUUUGUUGCAAUGAUUCGUGUUUGUUCUUGGAGCCCCACCAAAUAGUGACGCCAAAAUCCGUCGGACGACACUCCGACGCCGAACAUCUUGGCCACCCUUCCUGUCGGGCAUCAAACUCGCAGCUUUCAUCGCGCAGCAACAUCGAAUAUUGUUGCUCGAAGCGCCCGACGGGUUUCAUAGUACGUGGAGAGCGGUUGGAAGCUGCAGUGGGCUCGAGCAUACGAGUAGCUCUCGUCUUCUUCCGAGUGUUGGACGAGGCUGUAAUUUUCGUCUCCGUCACCGACGAUUGACGCAGCAGGAGCGUGCGAGGUCUUGCGAUGACUUCCAGUCUCUU